GCAAGCUCCACAGUUCACGUUACUGCAAGCUCCGCCGUUCACGCCGUUGUAAGCUCUGCCGUUCACGCCGCUCAAGGUAGAAGAAGAGAAGAAGAGAAGAAGAGAAGAAGAAGAAGAAGAAGAAGAAGAAGAAGAAGAAGUGCAGAUCUGAGCAGAUACUAGCAGAUCCGAGCAGAUCCGAGCAGAUCCGGGCAGAUCUGAAGUUCUCACGGCGUCCGAAGGGUGAGGGAGAUUUCUCAGUUUCGUUUUGAUUUCAAGAGGGGGAGAUCGGACAGUAUCUCCAAUCACCCUUUUCAAACCGGCCGAACUGUGGAUUGAGGAAAACAAUGGUAAGUGGAGAGAGAAACUCUACGGUGGAGGAGAUUGGGUUUCUGGCCGGAGGCCGCCCGCCUGAUCGAGCAAAGCAGAGGCUCAUUACGGAUUUCCUGCAGCCCCGCCUAUCUUUUGGAACAGGUUGCACGCCUGCACCUGCUGUGCCUAUUGUGGAUGUUUGCAAUACUGGCCUUUCUUCCCUCCCUAAGAAAUCAUUCUCUAAGGCGGUUGGAGGCGUUCUCCCUGAUGUUGCCGACCUACCUGACCCUAUUCAUGCCGGAAAUCUCACUAAAAUCGUGAUUCCCCAAGAUGCCUAUGAGGAACGUCUUCUCCGAUAUCGCUUUGCUUUGGUGGCCAGAAUAAAUUUUAGGUUUAUUUCUUUGGAUGAAGUUCGGAAGGAAGCUGUGAAUUCUUGGAAACUUAAAGAGAAGGUUUUUAUAAAACCUAUGGGAUUAGGCUUCACUUUAUUCCAAUUUGAGGCUGAGAAAGACAUGACAAACAUCUGGAAACAAAGUCCUAUCAAGAUCGGACGGCAGUUUAUUCGCUUCCAGCGGUGGAAGCCGGAUUUUAAUAUCCAUGAUAACUCUCCUAUUUCUAAGCUUGUCUGGAUUCGAUUUCCUGGACUCCCCUUCGAAUAUUGGCACGAGCGGAUCCUCCUUUCCAUGGCAAAAGCCGUGGGGCGCCCCCUGGACAUUGAUAAAAGAACACGAAAUGCAUCCAUAGGGAACUUUGCUCGUGUCCUCGUGGAGAUGGAUACUUCAGUGCAGAGGUUGGAAGAAAUCCAGGUUGAACGGCGACAACCUGGAACAGGUGAUCUUUUUUGGUUCAAACAAAAAAUCAUAUAUGAAGACGCUUUGGGAAAGUGUGGUUUUUGUAAAAAACUUGGUCAUACCAUCCAAAACUGUAAAGAGAAACGCAUCGCCGAUGCCGCACGCAAAGACAAGGAUGAUGCUUGUGGUGUUGUUGGGGCUGUUUGGGUGGAGAAGUCGUCUUUGGGGGCGGCUGGUAUGGAGAUUUCCGGCAGAAAUGGUGGUGAGCCCUCAAUAGGAAAGAAUUCAAAUUCAAAAUUGCCAACCAUCUCCCAUAAUUGUGAUCCAGCUUUGUAUGGAAACUUGGAUACGCAAGAGGGGAUUUUAGCUAUUGAGUUACCUAUUUUUGAAGGAUCUUCCUCAGCCAAUUUGAGGAAUAAUCCAAUUGCAGAUCGAUUGGAUGACCCAUGCAACAGAGAUGGUUCGGUUCCUUUACACGGGUCAAACAAACCCAAUAUGGUGAACCAAACCACUGAGACUAACUCAAUUCCAGAACAUGGCAUUCUGGUUUCUCCAGGUUGUGCGGCUAAUCCAGUUCUGAUUACUGGCUCUUGUCAACUCUCUGUCCACAGUGAUCAUGUGAUAAAUUCCAUUACUUCAAGUGCUAUGGAUAAUGGUCAUCUCACCCUCCACUACCCGGAAGUUGGCGCCAUUGAUGCUGCUGCCCUCCAGAAGGAACAAUGCCACGGCAUGGAAACAGUUUCAAGAAAAAAAGAGGGAUGAAGAAGGCUGCUGGUCGUGCAACUCUCAGCAAUAUUCUCCUAGACAAGCACCCUGAUGUGGUUUGUCUAGCUGAACCAAUGGUGGAGGUAGCUGCUUUCCCUUCUUUAUUUUUUAAUAAACUGGGAUAUGAUGCAUGCUUUAUUCAUAAUAUUCGCACUGGUAAAAACCCAAACCUAUGGGUCAUUUGGAAGAGGACUCUCACCAAACCAACUAUUAUUUCCAUGUCUGACCAGUUUAUUUCACUGUGUAUAAAUUGGAGAAACAAUUCUAUUUA